AUGAGUCAGGAAUAUUUCCCCGGUGACGGCUCUUCGAGAGCCGGCUCUUCUCGGUUUCCCGGCGAAGAUGAAGAACGGAACCCUUUCUUCCAACCCCCGCCAGCCUAUAUGACUGUGGGCAAUGGCUCAACCUCGGAAAGCGCCACGGCCUUGAUGACGUCGCUAAAUCAGGACUCAGGAUACGGAGGCAGCAUCGCGGGCGAUAGCGCCAUGGCGGGCGAUUCGAGUGCCGCUUGGCGUGCAGGACUGAUGGAGGACCGACCGACUCCCGUACAUACUCCGACGCGACCCGGCGAGUGGAAUCCUGCUGCGGAACAUGAGAAACAAAUUGUUGCGAACCAUGUUCACCAACUUCUUUACAACUCGAAUCGGACCAAACUUGGCCGCGCCAUCUCCCGGACGAUCGAUACGUUGAAGGAGCUGCAGGACAUGAAUCGCCAAUGGCCCGCUCACUACCCUUCGGUACAGAACGCUGCUCCUUCGUCUGCGGAUCGGCCGGCUCUCCAGCACACCUACUCGGAUGCUGGAAAGGGUGGCAGCAGACCAUCGACUCCUCCUCGGCCUGGAUUGCUGAAACGGGCGGCGACUACAACGGGCGGAGAGGAUUUCGGAGAAUCUAGUGCCUCUGCCGAGCGCCGCGCAACGCCUGAACCUCGAUUGAUGACUCCUCAAAUCGCCCAAGAAUUUUCUAUUCUGAAGCUGGAUCUGAAACUGGGUGCGCUGUCCCAGGCCGAGCUGGUACACUCGUUGGAGAAAGCCUCGAUUGCGUCACUGCUGGAUGGGAAGAUCAGCCAAAGCGUCAAGCAUCUUCUUUCCCUGCGAGAUCGGAUCGAGGAUACGUCAAGCAAGGUAUUGGUUACUGGAGAUCUAAAUGCCGGAAAAUCAACAUUUUGCAAUGCUCUUCUUCGACGGAAGAUCUUGCCCGAGGAUCAACAGCCCUGCACCAGCCUUUUCUGCGAGGUGCUUGACGCCCGGGAGAAUUGCGGAAUUGAAGAGGUACAUGCGGUGCACAAAGAUGUCCAGUACAGCCGCAACGACGAAAGCACGUACGACGUUUACGCUCUGUCCGAACUUGAGAACAUCGUGGUCGACAACUCCAAGUACAUGCAAUGCAAGGUUUACGUGAAGGAUGUGCGAUCUAUUGACGAAUCUCUCCUCAACAAUGGUGUGGUGGAUAUUGCCUUGAUCGAUGCGCCUGGUUUGAACUCGGACUCUUUGAAAACGACGGCCGUCUUCGCUAGACAGGAGGAAAUCGAUGUUGUCGUCUUCGUCGUGUCUGCCGCCAACCACUUCACCCUUUCGGCGAAGGAGUUCAUUUUAAACGCUGCACAUGAGAAAGCUUACAUUUUCAUGGUGGUGAACGGCUUCGAUCAGAUCCGGGACAAGCAACGUUGUGAGCGUCUGAUUCUCGAUCAAGUGGGCAAGCUUAGUCCUCGUACAUACAAGGAGGCCGAUGAACUUGUACAUUUUGUGUCGAGCAACGCUAUUCCGGUUGCCCCUCCCGUGCCUGUGUCACAGUCUAGCUCUGGGUCUGGGGGUGGUGGUGGUGGAGGCGAUCCUCACGAUGAUGGAGACGACGCGGAUGACAAGGGUGAAUCCAAGGAUAAGGGCAAAGGCAAAGAGAAGGAAAAGAUCCAGGACUUUGAAAACUUGGAAAGCGCUUUACGACGCUUUGUUCUCGAGAAACGAUCCCGGUCCAAGCUUGCGCCUGCACGAACCUACCUUCUGAACCUGCUUGCUGAUCUCAACUCGCUUGCAACGGUCAAUCGUGAUGUCGCUCAGUCGGAGCUCAAACGUGUGAUGGACGAACUGUCGGAGAUUGAGCCUGCAUAUGAGAAUGGCAAGAAGAAAAAGGGCGAGCUUGCAGAGGGCGUUGACAAGGCCAUCGAUGAAUCAUGUGAGGAUGUGUACAACCACACCCGAUCCACUUUGAACGAUACCAUUGCCCGGGUCUCCGAGGCAGACCUUGGCGUUGACUAUCCUGGUCUUUUCUCGGUGUUCCAAUACGCCGAGGACCUCAAGCUCGCAAUGCUGGAUCAAAUUUCUUCGGCCGUCACGGGCUGCGAAGAUUAUGCCCGAGAGAAGACUGUCAAGGGAGUCGGCUUCAUCCAAAACAUCGGUCUCUUGCAUGUGGGCGAGGACAAAUUCUCCGCGCUCAAUUUCCGAGCAGACCUGAUGUUCCGUCGCGGUCGUCGUCACUUGACUGGUCGGCAAGUCCAUACCGAGGUCGAACUCUGGGACUUCUUUGAUAUUGCUGGUCUCUGGGAGCGCCAGGAGAAGAUGGCAGGAACUGGUGUGGCGAUGACCGCCGUUACUGUUCUUGGUGGCAGAGCCUUCGGUGGCUUUAGCUGGGUGGAUAGCGCACUCAGUGCUGUCAAGGUUGUCGGUCCAAACAACAUGCGUCGGAUGUUCCUCCCGGGUAUCCUUGCUGCGGCCCUUUUGACAACGGCCUAUGUACUGUCCGCUAUCCCGAGCACCUUGCCUCCUCGUUUGUCUAAGAAGAUCGCGGCUACCCUCGCCGACAUGGACUACGUCCACUCGAAUGCGAACCGCAUUUCGGGUGAGGUUCGUCGCAUUCUCCGUCUGCCCGCAACUAAUCUGCAGGCCACCAUGGCCCAAGACAUUGAGGAUCUCGCUAGACGCAAGCAGGAGGUCAGCAAGGUGAAGCAGGAAAGCGAAGUCGCCACCAAGUACUUCGCAAACCUGAUCCGUGAUAGUAGUGAGAACCGACAGACUGUGGAAGGUCUCGACCUUGACGCUCCGCUACCCGGUGGCAUGGGCGCUCUCGAGGCGUGA